CUCUCUAAUUUCCAAUCUCCCCCCCCCCACCCCCCCUCUUCCUCUCUGUAUGAUGUACUGUAGUGUGUACUGUUACAACACAAUUAAGUUGGGUCUUUUCCGACAGACAGACAGACAGACAGGCAGACAACCAAAUGAAAAUCACUAAUCUGCUUUGAGUCUUUUGACCACCCACACUCAAAACCCCUUCACUUUCCCUCUUCCUACAUCCUAGCCUUGUCAAGGAACUUACUUAGUGUUGGAUAUUAUCCCCCACAUUUGGGAUUUUUCAUUUUGCCUUCCGGGCAUGAAGCGGGAUCAGCUGUCCGAAUGCGGGGGCUGCGGCGCCCCUGAGCGUUUCCUACUCCACAACCUCCGCCACAGAGCCAGCUAUCGACGUCUCUGCACCAACUGCGUCCUCAAGAACCACCAGGGCCUCUUCUGCCCCAUUUGCCUCGAAGUUUUCAACGAGUCCCCUCCCCCUCACCAGCGCCUCAUCUGCCUCAAAUGCCCUUCCAUUUCUCACCUUUCUUGCUCCUCCUCUUCCCUCUCGCCUUCCUCCUUUACCUGUCCCCCUUGCUCCAACCCUAAUUUCUCUUUCUUCAAUCUCACCCCCACUAAGAAACCCAAGUCAACGCCCGAUCAUCCUCCCGGAUCUACCCUCGACGGCGACGACGACAACAACAAGACGACGAACACGAGGGUUAUUGACAAGGAAGCGGCUAAGGCACUUCUAGCUGCUGCUAAGAUUGCUGCCGCCUCUAUGACCAAAGCUGCCGCUGUUGCGAAAGUGGAGGCUGAGCGGAGGGUCAAAGAGGCUACUUUGGCAAAGAAGAGAGCCAAAGAGGCUCUCGAGAGACUCGCCUUGUUGGCCCGGAAGGAUAAUGAUAGACAUAAGUCGUCCCUCGUAGGCAUUCCCAAAUCUAAACCUGAUGCUGCCAUUGCUGCUGCUGCUGACGCCAAAGCAAACUCUUUAUCCCUUCCAUCUCCUAUUCCCGACAAGGGAAACAAUGGGUCGUAUUCAGUUUCUGCUGCUAAUGUAUCCAUUUCAAUCCCCAAGUUGCAGCGUCAACAAAGCACUCAUGAAGCAUUCAAUUCUCCCACCGUAUUCCUCCCAUUUCUUUGUAUCUAUUAAAUGUUAUGUGGCGACAGUGAGUUGAUUUUAGCAGUUGUUGUUGAAGAAGAAAUCAGUCGCUUUCUAAAUUGAGUGCUGAUUCCAUCGGAUUGUAUAUUGCCUCAAUGGAUUAAAGGUUCUUUGGGGCUUUGGUUCUGUCGCUCUAGUAAAAUCUCAGAUAAUGGGCAAAGGUCACUCCUGCAGUAGGAGAGUACUACGGGUCAGGGGCAUGCUGAGUUUAAAAACUUUUAUGGGCUUAUGGCAUUAGGAUGAGGAUGAGAGUCACUGUUUGCCGGAUGUUGACUUACAUACGGGAGCCUAGGUAGAGUGUUUGUUUUUCAAGGAUACAUGUAUGGCAAGGUUCGAGACCAGAGAUAGGCUUGAAGCUGAUAAAUGGUUUGGUUGCAGUACUUCAAAAAAGUGAGGGACCUCUCUCUAUUUAGGUUGGCAAAUGCUUUGGAAUUUGGGGAUGUUGAGGAGAAUGUGCAUGAUGCAUUUGAUGACUUGUUAGCAUCUCUUUAUUCUGCCAUCAAAAGUGAAAUUUGCUUUGUAUGGUUACUACAACUACAACAUGGUUAAAGAACAUGCUCAUAUCGUCAAGAUGUGAAGCAAAUGCAAAUGUUUGAAAAGGUGACAAACAACGAAUCAAUGGCCGACGUUUGGCAAUGGCAAUGUCACCCCCAUGUAUUGACUGUAAUGUCUGUUUAUUUGGUUGGAUUGAGGUAAACAUUCAAUCAUCAAUAUCAUUGCACCGAGCCAAUAGAGCUAACUCUUUCAGUUUACUGCCAGAAACCAAGGACAAGGAAUGAAUGUGCAGCAGAGCCUUCCACCACGCGUGAUACAACUGCUAGAGCUGUAUCUAGCUACGUUUGUCAACCGACAUGUUCAUUCAUUUUUUUUUCAUGUGAUGCAUUGUACCCUUUUAGAGGCAGUUAUUUGCUGCUGAUCAAGGAGUAUUUGGGGUGCCUGCCAAUGCAGUCUAUACCUGUUACAUGUAAUUUUUACAUUUAUCACGAUAUCAUUCUUCUUGUUACGCGCAAGCCUGAAAUACCUAAAUGAACGUCAACAUAGUUAUGGUA